GGUCCGCUGACGCUGUAUUUUAUUGUAGGGUGUCUAAAUAGUUUAGGCUGAUCUGCGAAUUUCUUCCCUGCUGAAAAAAAACUAUGUUUUGAAAACGGUGGUAGCUGGUAUUUCAAGCUGGAUUUUACACCAGGGUUUUGUCAAUACUCGACUGUCUACAAACAGGUCUCCAAUGGAAGGAACCGAGAAAAGCCAAAGCGGGAGGGUGACGAUAUACUCCGUGCCGGGCUGCCCGCACUGUAAACAGGCGAAAGCUCGCCUCCUGGAACUGGGGCUGUUGUUGCAUGAAGUGGAUCUGAACCAGCACGGUGCGCUGCGGCCUCAGGUGAAGCAGUUGACGGGCCGUAGCACCGUGCCUCAGAUAUUCUUCAACAACAUCCACGUGGGGGGAAACGAUGACCUCCAAGCAAUGGCUCCAGAGAAGUUGGAGUACCUGGUGCGCCUGGUGAGACAGGAGGGAGUGCCCCCCGACGCCCCCCCUCUGCCAGAAGAGGGGGCAGAGAACGCAGAGGAAGCAGAGAACCAGGAUGGAGAAUUUAAGUGUGAGAGGGAUGAGUUAGCAGAUGUGGUGGCUCAGUUCAAGCAGAGUGGGGCGAUCGGCAGCCACAGGAAGGGCCUGAAAGUGUACAAAAACAGCUUCACUGGAGCACAGCUGCUGGGCUGGCUGGAGGAGAACGAGGGAAAGGACAGGAAUCGGGCUCUUGAGAUGUGCAAAAUGUUGAUGGACAGAAAGUUUUUUAACUCUGUCCAGAGGAAAGGGGAGUUUGAAGAGGGUAACGCACUGUUCAGAUUGGUGGAGCAUGACCCCCACUCAGCACUCAACGCACGAGAGAUGGCGGCUUGCCAGCCCCAGAAUGCUGCCGUGCUGUCCGAGAUUCUCAGGAACACGAUGCUGGAGCUGUUCUCAAACUACCUCUCGCCGGACGGCAAGUGCGUGGACUACAAGGCCAUGGCCAAGAGCCCGUCCUUUGAAGAGUACUGUGAGCUGGCCGUACAGCUGCAGCGGGUGGAUCUGCAGGUUCUGACCCGCGAGGAGAAGCUUGCCUUCUUCAUCAACAUCUACAACGCCCUGGUCAUCCACGGCAACCUGCGGAUGGGGCCCCCAAAGAACACCUGGCAGAGGUACCGGUUCUUUAACUACGUCAGCUACCUCAUUGGCGGGGAGGUGUUCACCUUGCAGGACAUCGAGAACGGGGUGCUUCGGGGCAACAAAAAGGGUAUCGGGCAACUCCUGAAGCCCUUCUCGAAGGGUGACCCCCGACUACAGGUGGCGCUGCCACAAGCUGAACCCCUCAUCCACUUUGCCUUGAACUGCGGAGCAAAAGGAUGCCCUCCAAUAAAAACGUACACGCCGAAGGAAAUCGACAGCCAGCUGCACACCGCGGCCGAGGCCUUCCUGGAGAACGAGGACAGCUGCAGGGUGGACGUGGACAAAAGCGAGGUCAAGCUCAGCCAGAUCUUCAAAUGGUACAAAGGGGACUUCGGUGACACAGACGAGAAGCUGCUGAACUGGAUUUCAAACCACAUGAGCGACUCUCCUAAAAAGAAGGAUUUACAGGAGCUCCUGAAGUGCGGCAGGUUCAAAGUGAGCUACGUACCGUACGACUGGGCCACCAACAGCAAGGACUGAGGCUGCCUGAGGGCGUCGUCUCCCAGCCCUUCAUGCACACGACCCACGGCAACCUUGUGAUUUCUGAAAUUUUAAACUGAUGUGUAAAAGCACGUAGCCCUAUGCAAACUCAGACCGUGCAUAUGCACAAUUGGUGUCCGAAAGGUUGUACCGCAAGUCCGAGAGGUUUCUUUCUUUGUGCUCGAUCGAGUAAGACACCGGGUGUGUACAUAGCAGGUAUUCAGAGAUCUUUACAGUUAGUGUUCAGUUAACUUCAAUAGGCAACGAUUAAUCGGCAAACGCAAGGCUCAAUAUCACACAAUCAUCAGUCUAAUUAGCUGCAUUCCAGACAGGCUCAUCCAUCAGCUAUUACAGUUACAGAGUGCGGUCAAAGAACACAUUUUGUCCUAUACAUUUUUUUUUUUUUCCCCUCUCUAUGUAAAGUGACCUUGAGUGCAACAGAAAGCCAAUAAAACUGCUUUAUAAAUAAUAAUAAUAAUAAUAAUAAUAAUAGCAACCAUGACAAGAUAAUAUGGUAGGCCUUAUGCAGUGACCAUAUCAAUGAGUAAGACAAUGAGGUGUGAAAUGAUAGGUUCAUAAUAUGUUGCCUGAUCAUUACAAUCAUCACCAAAUUUAUGUCUGUGAAAGCAGAUAUUUGAAAUUUGACAUAAAGGCACAUAGUUCUGGAAUCUCGUAGCUGGGCAGGUGCAUGGUGUGUUUUUGGCCGAACAUUCUCUCUGCGACAUAGUGGACUGUCCAAAUACGUCCCCGCCAGUGGCCCAUCAGUGGCCCGAUACGUAGGGCAAAUCAGGGGGCUUAACGGGGCCAUGGGGCUUACACACGUGCGUACCUUUAUAGGAUGACUGUGGAAAAUAAAAUAAAAAUGUACGGGUUACAAUCUGGAAUGUCCAAGCACAGCUGGGCACGGUCCGGAUUCGAUCCGGGGCUGACUGUCCGGAUUCGAUCCGGGGCUGCGGGCAUCUGCAAACGUGUGCAGGACUGUGGAUCUGAGCACACGCUCAACUUCAGAAUGAAACUAAAGCCAAACGAGGUCCCUAGUCUUUUCCCAGAUUUCAGUGGGCUGCAGGAUCCAGAGCCAGGCCGACCCCAGGUCCCCAGUACACACAGUACCCCUGUGUGUCCACUCCGUGUGUACCCCUCCACUCCGUGUGUACCCCUCCCCUCUGUUACUAAGCAACAUCCUGUCCAAACAAAGGCAGUUAUGGCAGAGUUAUAGCCCAUAACUCCUUUCAAGUAGCUGGCUCCAUUUCUUUCUCCACAAAUUUUUUGGAUUGUGUAAUGAGCACGUUGAUAUUUUUGUGCUAAAACUUGUUGACGAUAUAUUAUUAGAAGUUGGAAAUCCCGCAGAAAUAAUGAAAUGAUGUGCUUGGAAGGACAAAGGGGUCAUCAUCAUCAUCCCCUGUUCAAACGAUAUAUACCCAGUUUACGGGGGAAUGUCCUAUAUGAGUUUUAUCCAACCGAGGGACUUGUUCUGAGUGCUGCAAUGCACCGGAUUUCAGGGGAGUCCCGCAGGAUAUGCUGCCUCUCAUGCUGAGUCUGGUGCCAGGCAUACCCUGCAGUAUAUAGUAGGCAGUAGGUAGUGUGCACCCUCCUGAAUUCAUGCACACUUGUGGUGGAAUUGGACUAUCUGUUCUGGGGGUGGCCGAAAUACGGAAGCGAAAACUAAAAUAAUACAAAGUUAAUUUCUAUGUGCAAAAAAAAAAAAAAAAAAAAAGGUUAUCAAUGCGGUCGCUAUGUAUGUAUGUUAAAUUAACACUUGUGCUGCAAUUUACCCUCAACUUUGUAUUUCACUGGUGAAAUGAGCAGGACUGAAUUUACUGGCCACAGAAAAAAUGUAAUGAAGGACAAAGCUGAAAGCUGUAAUGUCUAUUUCGUGUACAUAUGGAAAACGCUUGUAUAGGAUUGUCACUAUAUUUACAUGCAGUGUCAAUUCAGAACAUAUCGUCUCAUUUUUAUUUUAUGUUCAUGGGUUUCGUCUUGACACAGAAGGUUGAAUACGAGCAUGUAGUAUGGCAGAGGGUUUAAAAAAAAAAAAAAAAAAACAUUUUUAAUUGACAGCCAACUAAAUUUCAUUCAAUUCUACACCACUCAUUUUCAACUAUAGUACUGAAAAGUCAUGAAAAGUCACUACAAAUAGCCCAGGUUUUGUCCCUUGUUCCAGCUAUCCGGCUGAAACGUGCUGCAUUUCCGUAUGUCCGCUGUCCUUCAACACAUAACCAGGUCAGUUGCGACUCGGCAGUUAGUAACCGGUUUGAGCCAGACCACUCGUAGUGAGCUUGGUGCAGUCCAGCACAUUUUUGUGUGUGUUAACUACACUGACGAGGCAAAAGGGCAGUCUUCCAAAUAGGGCAGAAUCGAAAAUAAUUUUUAUGAAUGAAUGCGUCUAUAUCAGAGGUGGGCAACGAGGGCCGUAUCUGUUUCUGGUUUUUUAUGCCGACGGCUGGCCUUAAUGACUUAAUUGGCUGUGUCCCUGUAUGAUAUGGUUUUACGGUGAUCUAAUCUGAGUGAACUAGUGUUGGUGUAUACGGCCAAUUGGCUCAUGGAGUAAUUGGAAGAAACAAAAAUCUACAUACCAACCGGCCCUCCAGGACUGGAAUUGCCCACCUGUGGUCUAUAUGAUAGACAGUGUAAUAGAUGGUAGAUAUCGUCUCCCUCGAGUGCGACGUGCAGCUUAUUUGUAUGGACAGCUGUGGUUCAGAUCCAGUGCCAAUGCUGGCAGAUCGGAUUAGGGCAGGGAGCCCAAUACAGACGUCUAAUUGGCUAUAGCAUCACGCAUUCACAGGUACCUGUUCUGGUCAAUUAGCUAUGCUGUGGUGUACCUGCAUUAGCAGUGAUUUCAAAGGCUUACCUUGGGAAUUUUGGAUGGAGACAGCGGUUUUCCGAUUUUCCAAGCAUUGCUCCGACUUAGCUCUCCUGACUGGAUGCUGGACGCUGUGUCGGGAAGGGAGAGCCUACGACUGUAAAAAAUGUAUAUUUCGGAAAAGCUAGCAUCAAGCAGGAGAAAGAAAUCUCUUAAUUGUCAUACAUUAAUAAUACAUUUAUAGUAGUCAUGGGAGCUCCAUAAACCACGUAAUUUGUCAUCACCAAAUUAUUAAUUGGGAUUAUUUACGUUCAAAAACAGGAAGAUUUGUUAUUAGCGGUUAAAGCGUCUUCAUGGGAAGGCUGUGUAUGUAACGUGGGCUGCUUAUCUCCACCUGAUUUUACCAAUAAACUCACAUCCUGAACCAAGGAGGUAAAAUAAAUUAUUUGUCGAAUCAGGUGGUGUAGUGCAUGGCUGCAGACACUGUGACCAGCAGGAUUUGGAUUGGAGUCGUGCUGCGGUAAAACAUUGCCAAAAACUCCCGUUACCACUCAGUCCAAUGCGUCAAUACUCAAAAGAUUUCCGACAACUCCUGUGACCUUGGACUCUGUCCAACGAGUCAAUACUCCCAAGAUUCCUGACAUAUUUUGUUAUGAAAGGACUUUUACAUGCAGAGAAACACCCCCCAGCCACUUACCACAACCACCGCCCCAGAAGAAUUGUCCUUUCUGGGAGCCGAGCCGCUGGGAUCCUGACGCAUGCUUUAUUGCGGUAUCCACCCGUUUGCAUGUUCCGCGCGCCCGGGGCUCCGGCUCAAACCCGAACCCUGACCAGGACGUUUACCCCCCCCCCCCCGUUCCCUCAGACAGUGCCUUCGAUUCCUCCCCCCCCCCGCCCCGCGACAGAGCAUACCUCAGCCUUCCCAGCUUUGGACAGGAAACCGUGCAGCUUGGCUGGGCCUUGACCUCGCCCGACGUGCGCCACAGACCCGCCAUAAACCCCCUCCUACUUCCAGGGCUUACGACCGGACUGUAUCGCCUCCCAGAUAACGCGAUGUGGUGCUUUUUUUUUGUUUUAGCUUUCUGAUUAAAAUUAAACAUGCAAAUCAAACUCGAGUAAUUCACUCCUCCAGAAGAACUGCAAUACCGCACCUACUGUUUACCUCUUUCAUCCAACUUAUCAGGAAAAGAACAAUAUAAAAUAAACAAAAAAUGUGAUUCAAAACCUUGUAAAAAAACAAAAUGGAUUUUUCAGCUGUAAUCAUGCUUUUGCAUGGGUUCAAGGAUACAUUUGUACAUCUUAUUACUCUAAAGCAAUACUUCGAGAAUUCUCCAAAUGUAAAAUAUGCAAUGAAUAUUUGAAAUAAAUACAGAUGAAUGACAA